AUCGAUCGAAUAUGCGAGAGCGAUAGUGGAGGCAUAUAACGUUCUUAGAUGUUGGCGGUAGGCCCUCCGACUUCUUUUACAUAGAUCAUAGACUAAGUAGUUUGUAAUAAAAUAACUUUUAUAAGUAAGUUAUUAUAACUAUUAUAAGUCACUUGCAGCGCCAUAUAUGAGCUAUACGCGUGCGCCCGUAAGGGACAGAACAUACGCAAUGCGACAAAAUUAAAAAGUUCAAAAACACGUUUUAACAUUCCUGACAAUAUAUAUACCAAAAACAUCCUAAGGUCAAUGUGUCUAAUUCCGUCAUAAGGAUGAUUCUGUCCACGAACGUAUAUUUCUUUGAUUUUCAAUCGUAAGAAAAAAAAAUGCGAGACAAAGAUCAAUCACUGCUUUGUCGAUGAAAUUUCGUUCAUUGUCCGAGAAAAACGGUAGUAGACGGAAUUGACCACAUUGAACUUACGCAAUUUGGUCGGGUUAUUGUUACCUACCAUAAACCAUACUAAAUUUACGGUAGGGAAUAAAAAAAAUGUAAAACUGUGACAAGGACAAAUAAUAAUAGCGCUUUCUCUUCUAGUCCUACUGAAAGUUCCAUAAGUGCAUCUCGUUCGGUCAUAUGACCCCUCCCCCAUUUAAUCUCUAUAUUAUUGUACCUCUAUGUUUUUAGCGACAUAUAGUUGGCAAGCCAUUUCUGUCAGUAGAAAUAGGCGGCAAAUUAAAGAAAAAAUUGACGUAAAUAGAAAAUUUAAAUUUCGCGCCUUUUUCUACUGACAAAGUGGGUUUUCCAGAGUAUAAAUACCUAUUGGUAAACAUGGCGUAUUUUUACAGAAUAACUGGUGACAUCAAAACACGACCAUGGGGUUGAUACAAUCGCUCAUUUGCUCUAUUAUGUUUUGCCUCGAAAGGGUUUUGACGUGGAUGUGCUUUGCGUUCGUGCUAAUAUUUCUAAUGGGUAUGAUGCUUGUAUUGAUGGUUUACGGCAUUUCAGUCGGCUAUCACUACGCACAGAAAGAACUUGCAGCAUUUGCUAUGACAUCGAGAACAACAACACCUGACCCUAUGAGAAUGGGACGGUCAGGCGACGAAUCCAGGCCAGUCGUCCGACUAGUCGCUGUGAACAGAUCCUCGAUUGACAACGCACCGCGGCCGAUGCUUGAGGUAUAUCAGAACAGGCCACCUCCUGAAAAAAUUGUGUUGGAAAAACCAGCAACGCCUAUUGUUCUAUUGGAAACGGAAAGUCCGCCACCGGAACCAGAAUUGCUGCCACACGAGAGAGACAUAGCUAAAAGACUCAUCGGCCGCUUCAGACGGUCGAAGAACAAUACAAUGACUACUACGGAUAUUCCAUUUUUAAGACCAUUUAAAGCAACUAUUCAUUCAGAUCAGUCUAUUAAAACCGAUGACGCUGCUACCGAUCAGAAGAACGUUAGCCCUUCAUCAUACUUAACUAAAACUCUCGCGGGACUGUAACGAGCCCUGAAACAACCAUUAUUCGUUAGCUAAGUAAAGCCGGAAAUAGGAGUUUCCCUUUAUUCGGGGAACCAGAUCGUCAAGAUCACCUAGAUAUUAUCUCCUAUCCGACUACGCGGAACACCUGGGCCCCCGAUACCAGAGCUUUUUCCAAGGAUAUAUCCUCGUUUUAACCUUUUCGCCGCCAUUGACGUGGUAAGUCAGUAAUAUUCGUGCCCCACACGCCACGACUUCAUAUCAAGUACUGGUUUUAGUAAGGUUUGUAUACGUGCAAUUUUUGACGUGGCACUGAUGACACUUUAUUACUUCAUUGACGUGGCGACGAAAAGGUUAAGCAUUUGGUUGGUUCCAAAUGAAUAAGAGAUGUUACGGCCAGGCGCCAAAUACCCGCCACUACUUAAAAAUUUAAAAUUUUUACAUUCCGAUGGCGUUGAUACAUGAUCGGAUACUGAACUAUUUUUUUUACCUGGUGCCCUUAACUACUUUGAGUUGAAUUUUUUAUAAAAAUGUCGUUUGAUGAGUUUCACAAUAAAACUAUUUUUAUGGUUGAA